AUGUCUACAGCCUCAAUGCCAUUGUGCGACCAACAUGGGCAAGAAGAAGUCCGAUUUUACUGUAAAAAUUGCAAUAUCUCGUUGUGUGACGAUUGUAUAACCGGGCCACAUAAGAACCAUGAUUUCAUAAAACUGAAGGAAUUUGGUACACAGAAAAAAGACAGUUUAUCAAAAAUAUUGAGCGCUGCGAAAGAAUCCAAAAUUCCUGAAACUCGUGCUGCGGUAUUAAAGGCGGAGAAAGGAAAGAUAGAAAUUCAGAAAUCAAUAGAACAGCAAAUUUUAUUGAUAAAUUCUACGCAGGAAAACAUAAAUCUUGCAUUAGAUGAAUUACAGAAACAGUUAGUUGAAAGUUUUCAGAAUGAGAACAAAGCUGCCGUUGAUGAAUUUGAAAGAUUUGUCACGAGGCAAAACAAACAUAUAGUAGAAAUAGAGGCUAUAAUAGAAAAUGUUGAAUCCAAGGGAAAUAAUUUGCUAGAUACAGAUGUAGCUUUAUAUCAUAUGACUUUGCAAAAGCUUUGUAAAAAUGAUCCCUAUUACGACACAGUCCCUAAUAUACAACAUCCAGUCUACCAGUUUACUGAAGAAAUUGCUACCAGGAACAAGUUACAACAUAUUAUGGGUCAUAUGGACUGCGGAAAAUAUGAAGAACUACCGCCUAUCAAGGAGGAAACGAUCCAUAAAACCGAAAAGCCAUAUGAAACAGAAACGAAAAAUCCAAUUGCACAGUUUGUUGAAGACAAUUCAAGCGACUUCUAUUGUUUGGCAUCACAAGAGAAUAAAAAAAUCUUUCAAAUAUUGCGCACUGUCCCUACAGAAAAAACAAUAUCGUUUAAAGCAUGA